ACCGCUCCCGUUAUCCGCCGGUAUAAAAGCGAGGAGCAGAGACACUGCAGCAGCUUCAGACGGCCUGGAGUCUCAGGAAACUAGCAGAGGUUUUCUUCUCAUCAUUGCCUGCUGGCCCCGUGAGAGUCAGAGAGGAUGUUAAUGAUGAUGAUGAUGAUGAAGAAGAAGGGGUCCAAGUCUCUGGCUGUGAUGGCUCUUCUUCUGGCCUCAGUCAACUGUAUCCUUCCUCCAUCAAAAGAUGAUCUUAACAAGAUCUCUGUCGAGGGAGAAAAGUAUCUGGAUACACAGAUUGUAGAGGCUGUUAACGGAGUGAAGGAGAUGAAGAGCGUGAUGCAGAAAUCUUCAGAGGACCACCAGAGGUUUUUGGACGACCUGGAGAAAACCAAGGAGCAGAAAGAGGAAGCAAUACUUGCGGCUCAGGAGAUGGAGGCCAAACUGGAGCAGGAGCAAGAGGUUUGUAACGAGACCAUGAGGGCCCUGUGGGAGGAAUGUAAGCCCUGUCUGAAGAACACCUGCGUAAAGUACUACUCCCGAACAUGCAGCAGUGGAUCUGGACUGGUGGGACGCCAGCUGGAGGGGGUGCUCAACAGAACGUCUCCCUUCUCCAUCUGGAUCAACGGAGAGAACAUAGACGUCCUGGAGCAGGAAGGGCAACGUCAAAGCAACGAGUUCAGGAACCUGGAAGAAAAAUACACAGAGAUGGCAGAUGGUGUGGACAGCAUAUUUUCAGACAGCAUGAAGGUGGCUGAUCAUGUGCACUACAACCCUCCAGUGUUCUAUUUUCCCAAUUUCCUGGGACCGAGCAGAAGCAUUCGCUCUCUUUUCCACAAUCCGUUCCACGGCUUCCAGAAUUUGUUCACCCCCAUGAUGGGCAUGGGCAGGAACUUCUUCGACUCCAUGGGCUCCAUGACGGACAUGGACUCAGACACAGUUCCUAAUGAAGACGGCAGCGUGAACGAGGACGUGGUCGUCACCAAACCUUUUGGCAACGGCAGAAUGACCUGCAGAGAGAUUCGCCGCAACUCAGCCGGCUGCCUCAAGUUCCGUGAAGAGUGUCAGAAAUGCAAAGAGAUCCAGCAUAUUGACUGCUCCGGGAAGAAACCCUUCGAGGGCCCUCUGAAGGAGGAGCUGGAGGAGGCGUUGGCCAUGGCCGAGCGCUUCACUCAGCAGUACAACAGCCUCCUGAAGAGGUUCAAGGAGCAGAUGUUCAACAUCUCCUCCAUCCUGGAUCAACUCAACAAAGAGUUUGGCUGGGUGUCGUCUCUGGCGAACAACACCAGUUCCAAGGACAACUUUUUCCAGGUUCAGAUGGUUAACAGCACCAACACUGAUGAGAAUAAUCAGCCCGGAGAAACAGACGUGUCUGUGCGGCUCUUCGACUUUCCACCCUUACACUUUAGCGUGUCGGGCGACAUCCCCUGGAACAACCCCAAGUUCUCUGAGGUGGUGGCCCAGGAGGCUCUAGACCGCUACAAGGAAACCAGCGUCGUGGUCAAAUAAAGUCCCAACCUGCUCUGUCUGCUGACAAGUAAAUGUUCUGGACUCAUCAUAACUUACCAGAGGCCCCGACGAUAAACACACCUGAGAAGAAAUAAAACCUGACUGGUUCCACUGGUUCUGUUGUUCAUCCUCUUCAGGUCCUGCUUUUGCAAACAACUCAGUUUAACCUCGGUGAUUCAUAUUGUCGCAUUAGAGCUCUUUGUCCUGCUGUAAGAGAAGAUAUUCAGUAGAUGUAGAAAGCCAGCCUACUCAUGUCUAUCGUACCUUCAACAUAUGUGAGCUGGGCUUUGCAAAAAGGGGCCAUAGUGCUUAAAUGAUAUCUGCUUGUUUUUCUGUUAAACUUUAAAACAUAAUUGACUAUGAAAUGUUUUUUUCUCUGCAUUCAGCCUUUCUAAAGCAUGAAGAUUAAAUGGAUAUUUCCUCCACAACAGUUCAAUUAAACAAAAAUGGUUUGUUGCAAAGAUUUGUGGAAAAACGACAUUUAGAGCGAGUGAAUUAAAGCUGUUACAGUGACGUUAAAGACCCGAUCUACCCUUCUAUUAAUCUCUCUGUAAGAACUGUUAUCUGAAUUGUUUAAAGUGGUUGUUUUGCUGGAGUUAAACUCACUGAUUGGAGAGUUUUAAGUUGGGGAAUAGGAGUUGAUUAAGAUCAGGAUUGCUUUGAGCCCCCUCUGUACAGUCUAUGAAGGAAAAGAGAUCUAAUAAAUCCUGCUC